GAAUUGUGGAUUUAGAACCGGUUUUAACAGCGCUUUUUGCCUCAGUUUCCCUUUUUCCCCAGGAAUCCCUCCCAAAAUUCCCAUUUUAUCCCGUUUCUCGCAGGAUUUUGGGCGAGGGCAACGCCGGCCUCAUGGCUUUGGCCACGGACUCGACGCCGGGCAAGCGCAUCCGCAAACCUUCGCUGCUCUACGAGGGCUUCGAGAGCCCCACCAUGGCCUCGGUUGCCUCGCUGGCCGCGCCGCAGGUGAACCCCCCUCCCCCGGAGGUGUCCAACCCCAAGAAGCCGGGGCGCGUCACCAACCAGCUCCAGUACCUGCACAAGGUGGUGAUGAAAGCCCUCUGGAAGCACCAGUUCGCUUGGCCCUUCCGCCAGCCCGUGGACGCCGUUAAGCUCGGCUUACCGGAUUACCACAAGAUCAUCAAGCAGCCCAUGGACAUGGGCACCAUCAAGAGGCGUCUGGAGAACAAUUAUUACUGGGGGGCGGCCGAGUGCAUGCAGGACUUCAACACCAUGUUCACCAACUGCUACAUCUACAACAAGCCCACGGACGACAUCGUGCUGAUGGCGCAGACGCUGGAGAAGCUCUUCCUGCAGAAGGUGGCGCAGAUGCCGCCCGAGGAGCAGGAGCUGCUGCUGCCCCUGGCCAAGAACAGCCACAAGAAAGGGGCGGCGCGGGCGGCAGCUCUCCUGGCGGGUCUGACCGGCGCAGCCCAGCAGGUCCCGGCCGUCUCCUCGGUGUCCCAACCCUCGUCCGGUUACGCUCCCGAAAUCCCGACCACCAUCGUCAACCUCCCGCACCCGUCGGUCAUCGCCGCGCCGCUCCUGAAAUCCCUGCAGCACGCCGGGGCCCUUCCCAGUGCUCCCGGCGCUCCCGGCAACCCCGGCAACCCCGGCAACCCCGGCAACCCCGGCGUCCUGGCGGCUCCCGCGCCCACCCAGCCCGUGGCCAAGAAAAAGGGCGUGAAGCGGAAAGCCGACACCACCACUCCCACCACCACGGCCAUCAUCGCCACCAGCGGCGGCGAAUCCUCCCCUUCCAUCCCGGAAAACCCCAAAGCCGCCAAAAUCCCGGCGCGGCGCGAGAGCGGCCGACCCAUCAAACCCCCCCGGAAAGAUCUCCCGGAUUCCCAACAGCACCAAACUUCCAAGAAAGGGAAACUUUCGGAGCAGCUGAAAUAUUGCAACGGGAUUUUGAAGGAGCUGCUGUCCAAAAAACACGCGGCCUACGCGUGGCCCUUCUACAAACCCGUCGACGCGUCGGCGUUGGGCCUCCACGAUUACCACGAGAUCAUCAAGCAUCCCAUGGAUCUCAGCACCAUCAAGAGGAAGAUGGAAAACCGGGAAUACCGCGACGCGCAAGAAUUCGCCGCCGACGUCCGGUUGAUGUUCUCCAACUGCUACAAGUACAACCCCCCCGACCACGACGUGGUGGCCAUGGCCAGGAAACUCCAGGACGUGUUCGAGUUCAGCUACGCCAAAAUGCCGGACGAGCCGCAGGAUUCCGGCGCGGCCUCGGCGUCGGCGCCGCUGCCGAUGGCCAAAUCCUCGUCCGAGGAAUCUUCCAGCGACGAGGACGAGGAUGAGGAGGACGAGGAUGAGGACGAGGACGAGGAGAGCUCCACGGAAACGUCCUCGGAGAGCGAGGAGAGCUCGGAUUCCGAGGAGGAGCGAGCCAACCGGCUGGCCGAGCUGCAGGAGCAGCUGCGGGCGGUGCACGAGCAGCUGGCGGCGCUCUCGCAGGGCCCCGUGGCCAAGCCCAAGAAGAGGAGGGAGAAGAGGAAGAAGAAGAAGUCGGAGAAGCACAAAGGGCGCGCGGCGCCCGACGAGGAGCGGGCGCGGCAGGCGCAGCUGCGCAGGGCCCGCAAGAACGGCGCCGCAGCGGGGUCCAGACCCUCCAAGAAAUGCUCCAAGGCUCCGCUGGCGGCGGCGCCUUCCUCGCUGCUGGACUCGGAGGAGGAGGAGGAGUCGAAGCCGAUGUCGUACGACGAGAAGCGCCAGCUGAGCCUGGACAUCAACAAACUGCCGGGCGAGAAGCUGGGCCGGGUCGUGCACAUCAUCCAGUCCCGCGAGCCCUCGCUGCGCGACUCCAACCCCGAGGAGAUCGAGAUCGACUUCGAGACGCUGAAGGCGUCGACGCUGCGCGAGCUCGAGCGCUACGUGCUCUCGUGCCUGAGGAAGAAACCGCGCAAGCCCUACAGCGAAAGUGAGUCCAAAAUUGGGAUAUUCUGGGAUUUUUGGGAUUUUUUUUAGGGAUUUUUCUGUGAUUUUUGGGGCAUUUUUUGGGU